AUGAAUAUUAUUUGGAAUUUUCUUCUUCUUGUUUUAAUAGCUGAUUAUUCUUAUGGACGAUAUACUGUUAGGUGGAUUAGAACAAAUGAUCAGACACUUAUAGACGAAUGUUUGGAAAAAUCUCUUAAGCAUAUGAAUCUUGGUGAAGAUAUUACUGUUUUACAAUCAAAAGUAUCAAAUAUUAUUUGUAAAACACGAUUUCUCAAUGGAAUUAAUAUUAAAUUAUAUUUCGAACUUGAACAACAAAAAUGGAAAUGUCUGCUUUAUAAACCACUUGUUGAAACACUUGGUAUACAAUAUGAAAGAUGUAUGCAACCACAGGACGAUGAUUCAUUGGAAGAAGGUCAAUCAAAACAAUCUAAUCAAAUAAUUCAAGAAGAACCACAAGUAAAUAAUGACAAUAAAGUUGAAGAAGAACCACAAGUAAAUAAUGAUAAUAGAGUUGAAGAAGAAGAAGAAGAUGAUGAAGCUAAAAUUGAUGCACUUAAUGAACAAGAACGGAAAAAAGAGAUAAAAAAUGAUGAAACUGAAAUUGAUAACAGGAAUCAACCAAUAUCUAAUGAAGAUACGAAUAAUCAACAAGGUUCUGAACAAAAUGCAGAUAGAAAUGAAAAAAUUAGUAAUGACCAAGUUGAGAACGAAAAUAUGAAUAACGAUGAAACAAAUCUUGAUACACAUAAUUCUGAACAAAAGAAAAAUAAUGAUGAAGAGAUAUCUAAUAAAGAUGUAGAUAAUGAUAAUACAAAUGUUCAAGAUAAUAAUCAACAGGAGCAGCCAGAAAAUAUAAAUAAUCAAGAAGUAAUGCCUCAAUAA